GGAAAAUGACAUUCUUAAUAACGCAGAUGCGAGUAGGUGGUUACCAGUUUCACCACCGGGUGGCUCGUUCGCGUCAGAUAGCAUGGCGGGUAUAUUACAUGUUUAACUGUAGUUAGUUAAUCUUAUGGUGUUGAAAAUUCAAAAUAAAAAAAAUAAAAAUAUUGCCAUGAAGAAGUUACUUAAGCAUCUAGCUCUUUUAAUUUAGUAGUCACAUAAUAUUCUGAACCAAGGAAUCUUCGAAAUGUUGGAUGUUCAGUCACCAUCCGAGCAAUCAAAGGGAAUAUUAACAAUCAUCAUAAUGACAGUGAUUUCUCUCAAAUGACUUCUACAAUAUAAAUAAUACAAGUUACAUAUGAGAGCAUGGUACUACUACUCUAUAGCUGAAGACUGAGUAUUAUAGAGACUGUGAUGUCUAACAGAAUACAGGUUACUCCUACAAUGUAAAUACUACACGUUAUGUAUAUAUAUACGUACAUGGUACAAAUGCAAGUGACUUUUGAUCCUGUAGUAAAUAACAGUGACUUCUAAUGACAAGAUAAUUUUCAGUUACUUUUAUCUGAUCAGAAAAAAUACAAGCUACAGGAGAUAAAUCAAUACUGGACUGGAUAAUCAUAAAUGAUUUCAACAAAAGCUAAUAAUAUCGUUAGGCAAAACUAAAUGGCACAAGAGAUGAAUUUACAUGAAACAUCUAAUUGCGAAAGUGAAAAUGGAACUAUAUUAAGAACAAGUGUUGAUAAAACAGAAACAGGACCAGCAGUUAAGACAUUUAACAGCAAAUCUAACCUUGUAAUGCAUUCUAAGAUACAUACUGGAGAGAGGAAUUUCAAAUGUGAUGUUUGUCAUAAGACUUUUAACAGCAAAUCUAACCUCGUAAUGCAUUCUAAGAUACAUAUUGGAGAGAGGAAUUUCAAUUGUGAUGUUUGUCUUACGACAUUUAACAACAAAUCUAACCUCGUAAUGCAUUCUAAGAUACAUACUGGAGAGAGGAAUUUCAAAUGUGAUGUUUGUCUUAAGAAAUUUACCAAAAAGUCUAAUCUUGUAAGACAUUCUAAGAUGCAUACUGAAGAGAGGAAAUUCAAAUGUGAUAUUUGUCUUAAAAUAUUUAAUGUAAAAUCUUACCUUUUAGAACAUUGUAAGAUACAUACUGGAAAGAAGAAUUUCCAAUGCGAUAUUUGUCUUAAGAUAUUUACCAGCAAAUCUAACCUUGUAAUGCAUUCUAAGAUACACACGGGAGAGAGGAAUUUCAAAUGUGAUAUUUGUCUUAAGACAUUUACCCAAAAGUCUAGUGUUGUAACACAUUCCAAAAUACAUACCGGAGAGAGGAAUUUCAAAUGUGAUAUUUGUCUUAAGACAUUUACCCUUAAGUCCAGUCUUGUAACACAUUCUAAGAUACACACUGGAGAGAAGAAUUUCAAAUGUGAUAUUUGUCUUAAGUCAUUUGCCAAAAAGUCUAAUCUUGUAACACAUUCCAAGAUACAUACUGGAGAGAGGAAUUUCAAAUGUGACAUUUGUCUUAAGACAUUUAAUUGCAAAUCGAACCUUGUAAUGCAUUCUAAGAUACACACGGGAGAGAGGAAUUUCAAAUGUGAUAUUUGUCUUAAGACAUUUACCCAUAAAUCUACUCUUUUAACACAUUCUAAGAUACACACGGGAGAGAGGAAUUUCAAAUGUGAUAUUUGUCAUAAGUCAUUUACCCAAAAGUCUAAUCUUUUAACACAUUCCAAGAUACAUACUGGAGAGAGGAAUUUCAAAUGUGAUAUUUGCCUUAAAACAUUUAAACUAAAAUCUCACCUUUUAUAACAUUGUAAGAUACAUACUGGAGAGAAGAAUUUCCAAUGUGAUAUUUGUCCUAAGGCAUUUAACAGCAAAUUUAACCUUGUACGUCAUUGUAAGUCACAUGGUGAAGAGAGGGAUUUCAAAUGUGAUGUUUGUCUUAAGACAUUUACCCAUAAAUCUACUCUUUUAACACAUUCUAAGAUACACACGGGAGAGAGGAAUUUCAAAUGUGAUAUUUGUCUUAAGACAUUUACCCAAAAGUCCAGUCUUGUAACACAUUCCACGAUACAUAC